AUGAGGCUCAAGGAAACGAAAAAACUCUUCACCGCCGUCAAAGUGGGAAAAGUCGAGCUUCAGCACCGAGUGGUGCUUGCUCCUUUGACACGACGACGUGCAGAUGAGACCACAGCAGUCCCGGCGCCCUAUGCUGCAGAAUACUAUGCUCAAAGAGCAUCUUCUGGUGGUCUACUCAUCUCUGAAGGCACCUUCAUCGCUCAUGAGGCCGGUGGGAUGUCGCGUGUACCGGGUAUCUACUCUCAAGAGCAGAUAGCAGCAUGGAAGACGAUAACGGCUGCUGUACAUGCCAAAGGAGGCUUUAUUUUCUGUCAGCUCUGGGCCCUGGGCCGAGUUGCGAACCCGAAGAUUGUUCCCCAUGUCUGGAGCGCCGGUUCUGUGCCCUUCGAUGCGAAGGGUACUGGGUCGGCUGAGCCGCCCGCUAAGUUCACAGUGAUGACAGAAUCUGAUAUUGAUAGAUUCGUGGGACAUUACCGACAAGCUGCUCUCAAUGCCAUCAAGGCAGGCUUUGACGGAGUUGAAAUUCAUGGAGCAAAUGGAUAUCUUAUUGACCAAUUCCUGCAAACCAACAGUAAUAACCGCACGGAUUCGUAUGGAGGUACACUCGAAAACCGUUUCCGCUUUCCAUUGAAAGUCCUCAAUGCUGUCUGUGAGGCAAUCGGCUCUGAUCGCGUUGCAAUUCGCAUGAGCCCCUUUUCGAGAUUCCAAGGCAUGCGUGAGACCGAACCUCUGGCUGUCUUCGCCCCCUGGGCUGAAGCCAUCAUCAAAGCCCAGCCAUCUCUGGCAUUCAUCCAUGCAGUUGAACCUAGGAUCGCAGGAGGAAGUGAUUCUCCUGACAAAAUCUUGGAAGAGAACGAAAAUCUCGCUCCCAUUCGAAAGAUCGUUGGCAGUUCAGAGAUUAAGUUCAUUGUGGCAGGAGGGUAUACACCUGAAACUGCAGUUAUGCAUGCAGCUCAGACCGAUGACCUUGUAGCUUUUGGACGCUUCUUCAUUCCAAACCCUGAUCUACCAGCCCGAAUUCAGAAUGGUUGGCCGCUGACGAAAUACGAUCGUUCGCUAUUCUAUACGCCUGAUGAACACGGCUAUACCGACUAUCCUGCAUACAAGCCGGAGGCAUCAAGACUUUGA